UAUUAUAGCAUGCCAUCUAAGCGAAGCGAGCAAAGUAUUUAUAGGAUCUCUGUAUCCUCUCGAAUACGAUGGCCGGUGAUACAUGUAUUCGACUAAUUAAGCUGGUGGUGCCCGGUUACCUACUUAGGUAACCUUAUAUAUACCUAUAUAUACACACUCGUAUACCUCCCUAGUAUAUAGGUAUCUCUCCAGGAUUAUAUUUACUCCCUCUACCCACUGCGCCGUGUAUCAAAGCCACCCAUCAUAAUGUUGUAUAAUAUCCUCGCCCCCCUGGCAUCGACGGCAGCCAUAUUUGCCAGCCUCACCCAUGCCCUUCCCGCUCCCACCCAAACCGAAGAUAAACGGGUACCAACCACCACCGUCGUCACAGCCCAAGGCACCGUCAUCGGUGCCGUCGGCGUCGUCGAGAACUUCGCCGGCAUCCCCUUCGCGCAGGCACCCGUCGGGAACCUGCGCUUACGGCCGCCGCAGCGCCUCAACACCUCCUAUGGCACACUAGACGCCACCGGUCUGGGCCCGGCCUGCCCGCAGAUGUUCUUCUCGACGGGCGGCGACCUGUUCACGUCGGCCAUCGGCAGCCUGACCAACCUCCCCCUCCUGCAGGUCGCCACGGACCAGACGGAGGACUGCCUGACGAUGCGCGUCCAGCGGCCCGUCGGCACCAAGCCCGACGCGAAGCUCCCCGUGCUCUUUUGGAUAUUCGGCGGCGGCUUCGAGCUCGGCUCCCCCCAGAUGUACGACGGCGCGCCCCUGCUCUCCGAGGCCGUGCCCCAGGGAAAACCUUUUAUCCUCGUAUCCGUGAACUACCGGGUCGGCGCCUUCGGUUUCAUGGGCGGCAAAGAGGUGCUCGCGGACGGCGCGGCCAACCUGGGGCUCCUCGACCAGCGCAUGGGGCUCGAGUGGGUGCAGGACAACAUCGCGGACUUCGGCGGGGACCCGGAGAAGGUGACGAUUUGGGGGGAGUCGGCGGGCGCGAUGUCGGUGUUCGACCAGAUGGCCCUCUACGACGGCGACAAUACGUACAAGGGGAAGAAGCUCUUCCGCGCCGCCAUCAUGAACAGCGGCAGCCUCGUCCCCACCGACCCCGUCGACUGCCCCCGCAGCCAGGACAUAUAUGACACCGUCGUCCGCGAGGCGGGUUGCACUCACGCUAGCGAUACGCUGCAGUGCCUGCGCGAGACCCCCUACGACAAGUUCCUGCACGCCGCCAACAGCGUGCCCGGCAUCCUAAGCUACACCUCCAUGGCGCUCUCCUACCUGCCCCGCCCCGACGGCGUCGCCCUGCGCCAGUCCCCCGAGAUCCUCGCGCGCGACGGCAAAUACGCCGCCGUGCCCAUGAUCAUCGGGAACCAGGAGGACGAGGGGACGAUGUUCAGCCUCUUCCAAGCGAACGUGACGACGACCGCCGAGCUCGUCGACUACCUCUGGACCAACUUCUUCCCGGCGCUCGACCGCUCCGUCGUCGCGGGCCUCGUCGCCACCUACGACCCGUCCCCCGCCGCCGGCAGCCCCUACAACACCGGCCUGCUCAACGCCGUGUACCCGCAGUUCAAGCGGCUGGCCGCGAUCCUGGGCGACAUGUCGUUCGUCAUGACGCGGCGCAUCUUCCUCUCGCACGCCCUGUCCCUGCACCCGGACAUCCCCGCAUGGUCGUACCUCUCGUCCUUCGACUACGGCACGCCCGUCCUCGGCACCGUGCACGCCUCCGACGUGCUGCAGGUCUACUUCUCCCUCGUGCCGAACCCGCUCACGAACUACAUGAAGAGCUACUACAUCGACUUCGUCGUCGACAUGGAUCCGAAUGCGGGGCUCGACUCGGCGAUGCGGGCGUGGCCGAGGUAUGAGGGUCAGGGCGGGGAGAUGAUGCAGUUCUGGGCGGGGGGCAGGACGAAUUUGUUGAGCGAUGAUUUUCGGAAUGCGAGUUAUGCGUAUUUGAAGGCGCAUGCUGAGGUGCUGCAUUUGUAAGGGGGGGGGGGGGGUUCAUGGCUUUGAUUGAUUGAUGUACAAAUGUACCUAUGUAUCUAUGUACGCGUGUGUAUUUAUGUGUGUAUGUGUGUAUGUGUUGGAUGGAUGUAAGUAAGUAUGAGAUGAGUGCGAGGGCUGGAUUCGGGGGGUCGGCUUAUUGUAAGGUGCACCCACCUACCUACCU